GCACCUUUGUUCGACAACUGCUCCCCGAGACCAGCUAAUGGACCUCCCGUGAUACUUAGAAAAGUCAAUUCCGCAUUGCAGCAUGUCGACGUCCCAGGAUGAGCACCCUACCGAACAGAGCCCUCUCCUAGGAGAUCCCAUUCCCGACAAUGGUUCAAUUGAGAGAGGAAAUGCCAAUGGCGAAGACGGGAAUGGGACACCCAUUGCAGACGAUUACAGCACCAGCAAGGCAAUUCUUACCCUCGCAAGCAUCUGGAUGGGCGUGUUCCUGGCGGCAGCAGACGGCACCAUGGUCGCUACACUUGCCGCUCCAAUCUCCAACUCCUUCCACUCCCUGACGCUGUUGUCCUGGGUAGCAUCAUCCUAUUACAUAGCCAACGCGGCCCUCCAACCGCUCAGCGGCCGGUUAACCGAUAUUUUUUCCCGGAGGACAGGAUUAGUCUUCUCCAACAUAUUUUUCGCCGCUGGGAAUUUGAUAUGUGGUCUGGCUACGAAACAAUGGGUGGUUAUCUUUGGGCGUGUAGUCGCAGGAAUGGGUGGAGGCGGCCUCACAGCCAUAUCCACCUUUGUAACCACCGAUAUAAUCCCUCUGCGAAACCGAGGCCUCUGGCAAGGCUUUGGUAACCUAUUCUACGGCCUAGGUAUGGGCGUUGGCGGUGUCUUAGGUGGGUGGAUAUCGGACACAUGGGGUUGGCGCAACGCCUUCCUUAUACAAGUCCCAUUCAUCGUGGUAUCCUGCGCUCUGGUUUGGUUCACGGUAAAGAUACCAGUGAAGGAAAAGAAUGUCUCCAGGAUCAGGCGCGUCGACUUCCUCGGUGCUGGUACCCUCGUUGUAUCUGUCGUCCUACUCCUCCUUGGCCUAAAUUCCGGAGGAAAUGUAGUCCCGUGGACGCACCCUCUUGUGCUGGUCUCGCUGCCACUGUCAGCAGUCUUCCUAGGCCUAUUUAUAUACGUGGAGGACCGCGUUGCAGCUGAGCCCAUCAUCCCUGUCCGGCUACUCGUGGAUCGUACGGUGGCCUGCGGAUGUCUCACGAAUUGGUUCUGUACGAUGUCUGCCAUGAUGAUAACGUUCUACGUCCCCGUGUACUUCCAAGCACGUGGUCUGUCAAGCUCACAGGCAGGGGCUCGCAUCAUCCCGACUUCCGUUGGGGCUGCUGUCGGCUCGUUAGGUGCCGGCUACAUCAUCAAGGCUACAGGCCGCUACUAUAUACUCAACGCGAUAAUUGAGGCGAUCCUGGUUACUCCUUACAUCCUCAUAGCCGCAACGUUCAGCGCGAGCACCCCCGUUAUCCCACCACUCAUCUACCUUUUCCUCUCUGGUGUCGGAUAUGGCGGAAUGCUUACAGUCACUCUGCUUGCGUUUAUCGCCGCAGUAGACCACGAGCACCAGGCCGUCAUUACAUCAGCUUCGUAUGCGUUCCGUUCCACCGGCAGCACUAUCGGGAUCACCAUUGCGUCGGCCGUGUUCCAGAACGUGCUCAAGUCACAGCUGUGGGCGACAUUCGGAAAUGAGGAGGGCGCCGCAGCGAUCAUUGCUCGGAUCCGAGACAGCAUCGACGAGGUGAAGAAUCUGCCGCCAGAAUGGAAAGAUGCGGCGAUAGAGUGUUACAUGACUGCGUUCAGAGGCGUGUGGGGUACAGCGCUUGGGAUUGCGGUUCUCGGCGCAGCGGUAAGUCUGGGAAUGAAGGAGCAUUUCCUGCAUACGAACUUAGCCCGAAAGUAAGAGCCGCAAUGCCUCAGCAUGGGUUUGCGAACACUCUUUGCUACAAGCAACAAGACGGUGUACGCAUACACACGACGAGACAUGUGGAGGAUCACAAUUUUGAGCAUUUCGUCGUCCAGUAAUGCUCUGAAGCUUACAUCUAGCACGUGAUCUAAGAAAUCACAUAGCCAAAAGGCUCUCAGUUGGUCAACGAGCGUAAACAAGCAG